AUGGCUCCUCAGCCACGGAAAUGCCUGCUCAGGCCACGAGUUGGAGCCUUACUACUUCUUUGUGGCCAUGUGGCGGCUGAUCGCGAUCACUCCUGGUCCUCGGCAGAAGUGGAAGCCUUUGAGGAUGCUUCUCUGAUGCGUAUUCAGCUCCUUCAGCUCCAGUUUGACUUGGAGAAGGCGCCCAACGACCAGGACCCCAGCAUUGUGGUGGUGCCCCCUCGGCCACACAAAUUCCCUGCAGAUGAGACGAUAAGGAUAGAGGAGCAGGCUGUUAUUCCAACAAGCGCAUUCCUCCUCGGCGCAGUGCUCCUAGUGACUGGACACCGCAUGCCAGGCAUGCUUGCAACAUAUUUCGCGGGGCAGUCGAGCUUUGCCCUCUACAUGAAGCUCGUGCUUUCCGAAGAGACCGUCUCAAGAGAGCUGAAACUUGAGAGGAUGCCAGCUGCCUUUUUGGUGACUGCCAUCCAACGGUCGUGGCUUUCUUGUCCCUUGGUUUGGGAAUGGCCUUGCUGUAUUCUCGCCCUACCGCUACAUUUCCCAGGGCUCUCAAAGCUGAGAAGCUACUUGCGGUCCUUCUCUUUUCCGCAGCCGUAG